CUCAGAGCACCUUUGAAAUGCCAUGGACUUGGAGCAGGAAGCACCACUUGAAGAGCGAGUGGGGCAGAUCGAGAUAGAGCUUCAGCGAGCUUUGGAGGAAGUCGAGGCAUGUUCAGUCCUUGUGCUGUCGCUGGAUGGCGUCAGCCUUGGAACGGCUUCAGGCUCCGCAGGAGGCCGACGCCUGGAGACCGACUCGGAAGAGACCCUGCGGUUGAAGGCCCGCAUCGAUGUGUUGGAAGAAGCCUGGGCCCUUCGAAGUACCACAGUGGGACAGAGGGCCGAGGAGUCCAUUGCGCGAGUUGAGGAGGAGGUGAAGAAGAUUUGGAGGGAGUUGUUGUCAAAGGAACGCAACCCAUCCAAAGAGUCUGGACACGUCGAGGCAAGGCUCAUUGAAGACCUGAAGCAACGGCUUGAAAAGACCCAAAGCCAGGUGGCUGAGUUGAACGCGCUCAAACCUGAAGAUGUGGACUCCUUGAUGAAAAAGAUGAUUGAUGAGGUCGGUCAUUCUGUGAAGCUCUUGGGGGACCGAUGCUCGAAGCUGGAGGUGGAGCUUGCAACAAUGCAGGCGACAGAUGUAUCCUCUCAGGCGGAUCGGGAACGCACUGAACAGCUGGAGAAGAUGGUGGAUCUAUUGCUGCAGCAGCGGCGCCAGGAUCUGCAGGAGAGCCAGGCCAACUUUCGAGAGGUUGAAGCCAGGUUUCUUGAUCUAGACCAGAGAGAUCAUGCAGAGAAAAGCUGGCGCCAAGAAGCAGAGGCCAUUCGAAAGGAGAUCCAAGAAGUGCGCUCAACCCACGUGCCUUCACUUUUCCAACAGCAUAUGAAGGCCAUGAAAGCCAUGCAAGAAGGGCUUGCAGCAGUCCGUGCAGAGGUCAAGAAGCUGAGCGAAGUGGUUGAAGCUGUUCAAGCCUCAAGCACACCUCGCGCAGAGGCCCAGGCCGAUGGCUCCUCCCGGGAGGUCUUGGCAUUGAAGGCUCAGGUCAGUGACCUCCAGGAGCAGGUGACCCUUCUGGUGGUGAGAGGUUUGGAAGAGCGCUUUGCCAACUUGCGCGCCGACGUCUCGCGCGAGGUCACGGCAGCCGUGCGCGAGACAAAGGAGAACUGGGCAGUCGCAUCUCGAAGACUCUCAGCUCUUGAGGCUUGGCCGGCCUCCCAAGCAGAGCUGAGCGCUGAAAUGCAGUCCAUGCGUUCAGAGCGACAGGAGGAUCGAGGUCGGCUGGAGUUGUUGAGCCGGGAAGCAGAGGGUCUUGGACGCCAGGUGGUCCACAUCCGCCGAGAGCUAUCCCUUGGACCUAGACCAGAAGCCGCCGAGGAGCCUCCGGCACCUGUGGAAGCUUCCUCUAACGGUGGCUUGUUGGAAGGUCUCUUCUCGGAGACUCCAAAGGCAGCGAAAGGUACGAUUCGCAGUGCUGCGAAGAUGGCAUCCAUGGCCACUUCGCGGUCGCCACGGACCCAGCGCAAGAGGAGCGAAGAGAAUCGAAGGAGCAUCGAUGGCCAAGUGCUACAGCAGGAGCAAAGCACUUCCAGAUCGAUCACUCCUCGUGGACCUGGAAGAGGUUCUGGCAGCUCCAUCACUACACCUGGCUUCCCUGUGGUGAUAGGACCGAAGUUGGAGUGGGCCUUAACUGCGAAGGCACUUCAGGCAGGUAGACAAGCUCCUGGAAACAACGGAGUGCUGAUCACGGGGGAACUGGAGGUAGCAGGCAUCUUUUGUCGCUUGAAGUUCUUCCCUGAUGGCAGCCCCCUGCGCCAGACUGAAGGCUCUUGUAGCCUCUACCUGAUGUGUACCGUGCCGAAUGUGAACGUUCGGUUCCGGCUCUUUGCCGGCACCAAAUAUUCACCAGUUCUGGAGGCCAACACUGCUAGAGGUGGCCGCGAUCAAGGAAGGCAUGACCUUUGCCUCCUUGGAGAUGCAUCUCGGCAGCAUCAAUCCCCGUAGUUCAUGACUUGGUGGCAUACUGCAGCGGUACCAGGUACUUAACGAAGAUGGUAGUGUGGUGGUUGGCGCCGAGAUUCUGGAGGUACGAAACCUGUGAUCAAUGAUGAUGAUGAUGAUAUCAUGAUUCUCACCGUACCCAUCCGUAUAUUAUGUGUACAUACUUUCUGCGCGUUCCCAAGUGGGAGCUGGCCAUUUCGAGUGUGUCUCUCCAAAAUGGCCAGACUGCUUUGCGCAGUGCCGAACAAAGCACAAAGAUUGCUGACAAAUUAUGCAUUGCUGUCCGAGCUGUCCUUGGAAGCGACUCUCAAGACUCCACCAUGUCAACCUCGCAAUUUGA